CUCUAUCAACAUCAACAUCACCAGUAUCACCUUCACCUCCACUUCUCUCACCAUCAUCAUCACCAUCCUUUUCUUCUUCCUUCAACACAACAGGUAAAUAAAGUACCCGUGAAAUUUUAAAUUUAACGCUACUUGAGUAGCUUAAUCAUAAAACAAGUUAAUCAGUGAAGUAUAAUCAUCAUCAUUAACAUCCUUAUUAUUUUACUGCUACCGAUAAAACACCUGUUACAAAGAGAAAUGCCGUGGGUUUCGCAUGUCAUCCUCGCGGCUGUCGCUGCUACUCUUGCUACAGUAAUUCUUCAUACUGAACAGGUAAUUGCCAGACAUCAUCGCACGGGUAAUCCUCAUAAGCCUGAAGGUGACAUAUCACUUUGGAUUGAUCGACAGCAAAUUAAAAUGUUUAGCGGAUUGGAGAUGGAAAUCUAUGCAAUAACUGAAGGCAGAGUGCUGUCAUAUUUGCUGGACCCAGAAUUAGAGAAUAAAUUACCGAUAAUUCCCAGUGAAGUGUCUUAUGUUAAUUUUACAUGGAAGUCUGGAGUUAAAAAAUAUUAUUACAAUUUUUAUCGUCUGUCUUCACUUGACGAGUCGAUAUUAAAAACACCAUCGAUCACCAUAAAAACAAAAGGUCGUGUGCCUAAAAGACCUAAAGAAUUCAGCAUUUUAUUGACCUGCUCUGGCAAUAGCUCAGGAGUAGUACAAUUUAGCAUUGGACUGAUCAUUGAGACGCGCAAGGGUAAACCGCUAAAUGGGACUCCCCUACGUCUCAACUUGAGAAAAGAAUGCGCCGUGCGCGGUGAGUGCGUCAGUCGCGCCCAAGAUCACCACUUCUCCACUCACACAUACAAACCAAAUCCAGGACCAUGUCCUGAUGGUUACAUGGGUCCACCGCACUGCAAAAAAGCCCUUUGCUACCCAGUUUGUAUGAACGGCGGUAAUUGUACUGCACCAGGAGUAUGCUCAUGUCCUCCUGGUUUCCAAGGACCUUAUUGCGAAGGCGGAAUUUGCACAGAAAAAUGUUUGAAUGGCGGUAAAUGUAUUCAAAAAGAUACUUGUGAAUGCCCAAAAGGAUAUUUUGGUUUACACUGCGAAUUUUCAAAAUGUGUAAUACCAUGUCUAAAUGGCGGCAAAUGUAAAGGAAAUAAUAUCUGUAGAUGUCCAAAUGGUUUCAAAGGUGAUCACUGUGAAAUAGGCCGAAGAUCGCCCCAGAGAUCAGCGUGCACACGAGCAUGUAGAAAUGGAACUUGUCAACCUGACAACACGUGUCUGUGCGAUGCCGGAUGGUUUGGUAAAUUGUGUAAUAAAAAUAAACCAUGGGCUUAGCACUCAAACUCUAUAAUGUUUUACUUUUAAGUGUAUAGUUAUAAUAGUAAUAACUCUCUCAUCCAGUAUUUUAUAUUUUUGUACCAUCAGAUGGAUAAAUAGGAGUAUGAGUAAUAACUUAAAUUGUCAUCAUCGUUAUUACCAGUAAAAAUUAUCAGUUUGAUUUUAACUACGAUAAAACUCAUUACAAUUAUAACUAUUAUUAUUUUUAAUUGUAAUUUUAAUUUUUUUGUGAUGUUAUCCUGAUUCAGAUGUGAUAUGUAAAGCUACUUUACACCAUUUCCUUAAUUAAGAUAUUAAAAAAUAAAUAAAAA